GCGAGACCCCGACACCCGGAGUCGCCGGGCACCGCGGGCGGCCCCGAGAGGCCGGCAGAGGCGUCUUCACCAGCGAGGGAGCCCCGCUCGGGGACAGAACGCCGCAGCGCUAGGAAGGAGGACGCGGAAGAGCGGCGCUGCUGCGGGCUGAGGAAGCCCUCCACCCGGCCCCCCGACGGCGCUCGCUCGUUGAGCCACAUCCGCGCCGCGGCCGGCGACGCGUUCCGGACGCCUGUCACCGUCCCCUCCAUCUUGAACGGGGGCGGGGGAAGAGGAGGCAGGCUCUUCUUCCCGCACAUCCCUGCCCCGAGGAGAGGAGCGGGAGCUGCGGCAGCCGGGCUCAUGGCGUUCAGCCCUUGGCAGAUCCUGUCCCCCGUGCAGUGGGCGAAGUGGACGUGGUCUGCCGUGCGCGGCGGGGGCGGCGGCGAGGAUGAGGCCCCGGGGCCCCUGGGCGACCCUGAGGAGGAGGACUCGCAAGCCGAGACUAAAUCCCUGAGCUUCAGCUCGGAUUCUGAAGGUAAUUUCGAGACUCCUGAAGCUGAAACUCCCAUCAAAUCACCUCUCAAGGAAUCCUGUGAUUCACAACUGGGACUGGCAGGUUCUGGGUCCAUAACCCAAGAAUCACAAGAAGCUGAGGAACAGCUGGUAGCAGAAGUGAUUGAAAAAUGUUCAUCUGAAACUUGUUCUAAACCUCCGGAAAAUGAGGUACCACAGCUGGCCACUGAUACUCAUCCAGUCCAGGAUGGCAAAGAAGAACCUGAACACGAUACUAGCAAAAUCUCAGUAGUGAGGCCAUAUUCGAUAGGAACCAAGAAUUCCAAAGAUAUCCCAGCAUCUCUUGGAACAAAAGCAGCCUAUGGCUGUGUAACUGAAGUCUCAGGGGAGGUUUUGCCUUCCAUCCCACCAGAAGUCAUCCAAGACAAGGCAAUGACAGAAGGCAACAUGGGGGUUACACUUGAAGCUUCUACAGAAAUGGAUCUAAAGGUCAGCAGCUCCUGUCUAGAGCCUGUAACCAGUAGAAGCAAACUAAGAAAGCCUAAGCCUGUCUCCCUGCGGAAGAAAGCAACUGGAGGAGAGUUUUCAGAAACAGAAACUUCCAGGGAAGGCAUACCUAUUCCCAAGUCAUCCUCCCAGUUCCAAUCAGAUGAAUCUGAUGAGAACACACCUGUGCUGGGUGGUACCAAGAACCAGAAAUCUCCUCCUGACUGGAAAGAAGCUUCUGGCACUCUGAGUAGUGACACCAAUGACUCAGGAGUUGACCUGCAGGAAGAGUCAAAGAGUUCACCUCUCAAACUCCAGUUUGAUUUCAUAGAAGUAGAAAAUGGAGAGGCCAGGAAAGCCCUUCCAAAGAAACCUGGCAAGAAACCAGGAAACAAACUGAUGCCCAAGAUACAAAAAGAUGGCAUCAGUAAGCUAGUAGGGGUAGAACAGACUGUAGAGCCAACAACCAGAGACACACCCUUUUCCCAAGCAUCCCCGAAGAGAGAACCAACUCAAUGGGAUCACCCCAACUUUAAUCCCUUUGGGAGCCACUCCAUUCUGCAGAAAUCCCCACCUCUGUCCUCUAAGGGCUCCUACCACUUUGACCCAGAUAACUUUGAUGAAUCCAUGGAUCCCUUUAAGCCAACCACAACUUUAACAAGCAGCGACUUUUGUUCUUCCACUGGUAAUCAUGUUAAUGAAAUAUUAGAAUCACCUAAGAAGGCAAAGUCUCGUUUAAUAACGAGUGGCUGUAAGGUGAAGAAAUAUGAAACUCAGUCUCUGGCUGUGGAUACUAGCUCUCAGGAUGAAGGAGCAGUGAUCUCCCAGAUUCCAGACAUUUCUAACAGAGAUGGUCAUGCGACUGAUGAGGAAAAACUGGCAUCCACAUCAUGUGGUCAGAAAUCAUCUGGGGCCGAGGUGAAAGGUGAGCCAGAGGAAGACCUGGAGUACUUUGAAUGUUCCAAUGUUCCUGUGUCUACCAUAAAUCAUACGUUUUCAUCCUCAGAAGCAGGCAUAGAGAAAGAGACUUGCCAGAAGAUGGAAAAAGAUGGCUCCACUGUGCUUGGAAUGUUUGAGUCUUCUGCAGACAAGGCCCCAGUAUCCGUAGAGUGUGGAGGUGAGAGUCCCCUGGAUGGGAUCUGCCUAAGCGAAUCUGAUAAGACAGCCGUGCUCACCUUGAUCAGAGAAGAGAUAAUCACUAAAGAGAUUGAAGCAAAUGAAUGGAAGAAAAAAUACGAAGAAACCCGACAAGAAGUCUUGGAGAUGAGGAAAAUUGUGGCUGAAUAUGAAAAGACCAUUGCCCAAAUGAUUGAAGAUGAACAGAGGACAAGCAUGACCUCUCAGAAGAGCUUUCAGCAGCUGACAAUGGAGAAGGAGCAGGCCCUGGCUGACCUGAACUCUGUGGAAAGGUCCCUUUCUGAUCUCUUCAGAAGAUACGAGAACCUGAAAGGUGUGCUGGAAGGCUUCAAGAAGAAUGAAGAAGCCUUGAAAAAAUGUGCUCAGGAUUACUUAGCCAGAGUAAAACAAGAGGAACAGCGAUACCAGGCCCUGAAAAUCCAUGCAGAAGAAAAACUAGACAAAGCCAAUGAAGAAAUUGCUCAGGUUCGCACCAAGGCAAAGGCUGAGAGUGCAGCUCUCCACGCUGGACUCCGGAAGGAGCAAAUGAAGGUGGAGUCCCUGGAGAGGGCUCUUCAACAGAAGAACCAAGAAAUUGAAGAACUGACAAAAAUUUGUGAUGAGCUGAUCGCAAAACUGGGGAAGACUGACUGAAAUUCCUCCCAUUUGCUCAGCAGAGCUGCCAUGAUUACCUUGCCUUACCCAGGAAGAAUUUGUCCCUUUUCAGAGAAAAAAAAAAAAAAAGCACAUCCUCCUGCUGCCUGUCCUGCUUUGCUGCUGCCAGUGCAACAGCCCUGGAAGACCCUGGAGGCCAGCCCUUCAGAAGGAGCAUCACCUGCUGUGCCAGUCUCCAGGCUCCCAGGUGUGGGUUCCAUCACACAGGCUGCUGAGUCUGUUUGUGAUUUCUCUAUCUUUAGUUCAUCUUCACAUCAUUUUCUUUUCCCAUGCUUAAUUUCUGAUUUUGUGGCUGUUGUUUGGGCUCCUAUCCUCCACUGUUCAACAUUUUCACGACCUACUUAAUCUUUUGAUUUUUAGGAUCAGUGGAUUUAUUGCAGGGGAUAAUUUCACCUAUUGUUACUUCUAGUUAUAAAUAAGGAGCUCUGAGUACUUUUAUGUACAUACUCCUAUCUGUACAUGUAUAUCUAUAUAUGCUGCUACUUUUCCUGAAAGCAUAAUUAAAUGAGAACUUUUCUAUAGAAGAACAUAAUUCCAUAUUUAAAACCCUACUUUAAAACAGAGCCCUGACUCCAAAUGCCAACUUAGCAAUUUUAGGGUCUGAACACAGUGUUAUGUGUCUAGUCCCAGCUACUCAGGAGGCUGAGGCAGGCAGAUUGUUUGAACCCAGGAGGCAAAAGCCAGCCUGGGCAACAUAGCGAGAUCCUGUCUCAUAAAUAAAUAAAUGUGUGUAUGUGUGUAUGUAUGGUUAGUUAUGGUAACACAUACAAGAAGUUCCAAGCCAGCCCAGUCAAAACAAGCAAGGACUAUAUAAAAACUACAAUACAAAAAUGCCGCGAGUGUGAAUCAGGUGUUAGAGCACUUGCCUAUGCCCAGUCCUGGGUUUAGUCCCCAAUACCCCUUUAUUCCCCAAAUGAGGCUGAAGACUUGGGUUUCAAGCUUGGAGUACUAUUUUGUUACCGUGGUAUUUGGGCAGCCCUCUGCUUUAAUGGGCGUAGUUCAUAGUCCUCAGACUCAGUAAAUGUCUGCUUUCUUCAUAAAUAGCAGUGUGUGCCUCACUCAGAGCUGGGCUUUGAUGAAUCCAUCCUGGAAUCACUCUUACUGCUUUAGUUUUUUGAUACAAAAUCGACAUCCCACUUUUGUUACCUAUUUGAAAUAUGCAAAAGAAAGUCAACCCAUGAAGUGAUUUAGAUGAUCUCACUUAAAUCAAAGGUAACUCUAGUCCCAUCACUAAUUACUAGGUUGAAGGAACCAGUGGUUGGUUGUCUUUAUUACAUGGUACAUCGUUCUUUCAAUAUUUUUUAAAAAGACAACAAAUGAUUUCAUACUUAAACGAUAGAAUUUUUAGCAAAACAGGCAGAAAAAUAAAUCAUGUGUGCCACUCUGAAAAUCAGCUUACUGGGAAACAUUGCAAAAGAUAGUUUGAAUACUGAGGAGGGAAUCAGGGAGGAUGUCCACACAGACAAAACCAGACUCCUCAGACUCAUACUGAAUCCAUUCAGAGUGAUAGAAUGUUAACCCCAGGAUGGAACCUUGUCACAUUAUGCUAGUAAGUUAUUGGACAGGCAAAAUGAAAUGUAUUCUAGUGCUAAAGCACUCUUUUGUCUUAAUGUACACCUCCAAAUCUUAAUAGUGAUGUACACUAUAUUCAGUACCUGUUUUCCUACUUCUCCUGUAAAACUGUUGCAUGAGCCAACUUCAGCAAUGAAUUGUGCCUCCCAGAGAAUCUCUAGAUCUUGCAAAUAAGUAUUUCUUUUGCAGUAUAUUAUUCAUGUGGGUGUAAUCAUUAACCCAAGGGAGGUUAGUAAUAUUUUUUCAAGGCAGAAUCCAUGUUUUACCAAUAUGCAUUUAUCACAGUUGGUGCUUAGGCUGUAUUUUAAAGCCUAUUGUCUUAACAUUCUGUACAAAAAAAAAACAAAACAGCAAUUUUUUUGUGGUUGGAGAACUGGCUUGACAAUCAUUUGGGCUUUGAAAGUAGUCACUGUGGCUUAAUGUAAAUGCUGUGCCAGCAUCCUAGUGUCCAGUGUGUAUUCUGGUAGUAUAACCAGUUUCUUCUUAAUCCUCUGCUACAAGGGAAAUGAGCUUUGCAGUUUGCAGAAAUAGUACAGAAUUAUUUGCUGCUGCGUUUUGGUGACUUAUCUAUGUUUACUUGCUUAAAUAUUGACUUAUUUUAAUACAAAAUGUCUAUAGUGGUCUCCAUUAUACAUCCAUAAUCAUCUUUUUUUUUCUUGUAAUGCCAGGCAAGUGUUGUGCUGCUGACCUAUAUUCCCAGCCUUAUAGUCAUCUCUUUGAGCUUAUUGUGUGUUUUGAUAUAUGUCAUGUGAGAAAAUGGGUAACAACAGUUUUUCCCUAGCACAUUGGUAGAAGAAACUUAAAAACUUGACCCCAGUGAAUGAAGUUGCUGCUCAAGGGAGCUAGCAAGGGCCCUUGGUAAGUAGGAUUUGCUACCAGCCUCUCAAUUGUUAACUAUUAUGAGGAAAUGUUUACCAUUUUGGUUUGACAGAUGGCUCCUCUCCAACAAGAAUAAAAAUGUAGCUUUUACAACUGGCAAAUCAAAAGAAUAUACUAAGAAUGAAAUAUAUUUAUUUUUCUUUAAAAAAUAAGCCUCCUCCCAUCCAAAAAAAAAAAGCUUUUAGAACUCUGGAGAGAGUAAGAAUAUAGUCAGGUUUACUUCAUCACAUGUGGAAGCCAAGUUACUUAUUUGUUAGGCAAUAAAAAAGAAAAAAAACAAGCUCAGGGUGUGGUGGUCCAUGCCUGUAAUCCCAGCACUCCAAAAUUGGAGGCAAGAUGAUUGAGAAUUUGUGGUUAGCCUGGGCUGCAAAAAGAUUUCAUGUCUCACAAAACCAAGCGCUGCAAGGGCUAGGAAUCAGUGGUAGAGCAACUGCCUACCAUGUACAAGGCCCCCAGGGUUCCUGAGUUUUAUCCUCAAUACCUGCAUGCACGCACGCACACACGUGCGCACGCACACAUACACAUUCUCUCUCUCUCUCUCUCUCUCUCUCUCUCUCUCUCUCUCUCGCUCUCUCUCUCUCUCUCCCUCUCUCAGAAAAAGGAAGGAAAAUAGAAUAGAAAGAAGCUACUAGCUUAGACAGUGGUUCAGGAAUUUUAGAUGAUCUUGCCAAUCAUCUAAAUCCAUAGCUACUUCUUCAGUAUUUGACUUUGCCAAAGUAUAACUAGCUUUUACCCACCAGUAUUUUGAUAGAAGUCAGUUUACCAUGGUCUGGUCAGACUUCUUUAUUUACUUUAUUUGGGGACGCUCCUUGAAGCCCAUAUUUACCCAAAGCUUUUGCUCUGUUAAUUGGCUCUGGAAAUGCUGAGAAGCCCAGUGUUCUCCCGUGGUUUCUCUCUUCUUCAAACCCAGGCCAAAUUAGGAAGUGCAGAAGUCCAUGGUGGUGAAAAGCUCUAAGGCACUGACCGCCGUCCAAAUGGUAUGGAAUCUAUGCUCUCCUGUCAUUUGGGCGCAUAACUCAAACUGAGUUUUCUUUGUAGCCAGUGUUCCUUUCUCCUUGUUCACACACGGCACCACCACUACCAGAGUGGCUUAUUUAUUUAUUAGACAGCCUGAGUGAGUUCUGUCUAAUACGAAGAGCAUAAACUGCUCCAAGCAUUCUGGACUAAGCCUCCAGUUUAAGCACUCAUUUGCAGAGAAGAUAACAAAGGGCUAGGAGCGGGUAUGGUCACCAUGGUCCUGGGAAGUCUAUGUGCUCAUGCUGGGAAUGACUGCCCUUUCACAGUGGAGAAAACAUUCUGAAAUCCCUUUCUUUUCCUGUGCUUUUUGUUCCAGUCAUCUGCCAUCUCAUUGUUCUUGGCCAUUGUACCUUGUGUGAGUGAUUGUGAAUGUGCUCUCAGAGAAGUUAUUACUUCAUCUUUUAGGCAAGAGAGACAAGUGGUGAAAAAUUAAAUGAUUCAGGCAAGGGUUUUUUUAAGUAAAGAUAUAUAUAUAUAUAUAUAUAUAUAUAUAUAUAUAUAUAUAUAUAUAUAUGAAUUUUAAGAAGGGAAAUUAAUAUUUGCUUAAUAAGAAACAAAUAUAGGUUGGGAAUCCCAGAAUGCCAAGCCAAAGGUCUAAGAAGUCACCUCUUUUCAAAGAUUUUAAUAAGCUAUUCUGAGGAGCCUUUUGUCCAGAAAGGUUUGACUGGCCUUGAUUCCAGUUAGUUUUCAAAAGCAUUUACUGGGGCUGAGGAUAUAGCUCAGUAGUAGCACAUUUUCCCAGCGUGCACCAAGCUCUGUUUGAUUCCCAGAACUGCAAAAAGGAAACAAAACAGCGGCAAUUUACUACUCAGUCUUUGAGUCUCUCAUACAGUAAAGGUGAAGGAAGUAAAAGAACCCACCCGGGUCUCCUCUGGAGAACACACACACAGCACUGUCCAGUGAAGACCCUCCCUAGUAAGCCAGAGCUUACUUUCUGGAAACUAAAGAUUGCACUUUUCGUAGUUUUUUUGUCCAAAUGCAAUCCCAUUCCUGUGCCUCUUAGCAUGCCAUUAGAUUUGGACAAACAAGAUUCCUAAGGAAUGACUUUAUUAACUGUAAUAUGGUUACAGCUAUUAUAUAAUGAUAUAGACUCUGGUUAUAGUUCUAAUGUGGAGAUGUUGUGUGCAAUGCUGGCCUGUGACGGUCUGUAUAAUGCUUUUAAGUUUUCAGAGGAGGCCAAACUGGGAACUGAGGUGUGGCCUAGACCUUCUCUGUGUGGGCUUCCCACUUGCUGUCAGGACGCCACUCUCUCCCCCUCUGCCUUUAGGGGCAUCUGGGAUAGACAUCACACUAUUAACCAGUAUCCUAUAUGUAUGAGUAAUUUUCAAAUGCACAUGAUAAAAAUCUGAACUCUGAAACCACGUCCAGUCCAGACACAGGGCAGUGUGUAGGUCACACCACAGCCUUGGCCUCCCUCUCGGCCUCGGUCCUUCCCUGCUUUGGGAAUAGGAUCCAGGCAGUUUUUGAACUCUCAGAGAUAGCAGUAAACUUUUCAGUAUUGCUGUUAGCAAGUGUGUGUUUGCCAAUAGAUUCCCAUUGUACACCGUGCCAACAAGUAAAUGCCUAUUGCACACCGGCUCCCACCCACUGCCCCCACCUGGCACACGAUGCGCAUCCCUGCUGGGCGGGUGCAAGUGGACUCCUCAUCUGCAUAGAUUUUAUAUUCAUAGUAUUUUCCCUUUUUAUAUGUCAAGUAAAUAUUUGUAAAAGUUAUACUCACACAAAUGAAAUUAUUAUAAUGAUUAAUAUAUUUUUUCCAUGUUUCAUUGCCUGAAUAAAAACUGUUUACCACUGUUA